GCAUCUGCAGGAGGAAGAAAGGAGCGCAUGAUGGAGGAGUGAUAAGAGCAGGAGCACGGAGGAGACAAAACGAUCGAGGGGGUCUUUGGCGUUUGUGUGCGAUAAGAAGGAAGAGGGGAGGAGGAUGAGAAGGAGGAGGGCCAAGAGACCCCGUCGCGUUUUGACCUCCCCGCACACCGCCACCAUCACUCCUCCUCCUCCCUCCUCCUCCUCUUCUUCUCCUCUCGAGACUGAAAACACCAUCGCUCAUUCCCAGCUGUGACAUUUUCCAGCCUGUCGCCUUUAUGCUCCGCGGACAGGGAGCACAAGGAGCCCAGAAGGAGGGACGCUUUCGAUCCACUGGCACCGAGCGUCGAGGCGGAGCGGGAGGCGCACCAGGCGGAGGCGCUGCAGGAGCCGCUGCUCGCUUCUCCCGCAUCUCUGGACUACCGGACACGACUAUUUACAGCCAACAUUUACGUUUCGGAGCCCGGAGGAGGCGGAGGGAACUCGCUGGAGGAGCCGGACUGCGCAGCAUCACCUCCGGUGUGGGACCCGCUGUCGACCCGCAUGGAGAAGAGGUAUGAAGAGCUGGUGCACUACUCAAGGUCAGAGGGCAUGUCGGUGGUGGGGUACGGGGACGAUGUAAGACCACUUCCUCCCUCACAGUACGGCACCUCCAUCCCCGACUCCCUCAAACACCACAAAGACCAGAUCUACGGUCACCCACUGUUCCCACUGCUGGCCUUAGUGUUUGAGAAGUGCGAGCUCGCCACCUGCUCCCCCCGAGACUCCGUCUCUUUGUCAGCCACCUCCCACCUCCCUGGCAUGACCAGCCACAGUGAUGUAUGCUCCUCCGAGUCCUUCAAUGACGACAUCGCCGCAUUUGCUAAACAGAUUCGUUCGGAGAAGCCCAUAUUCUCAUCCAAUCCUGAGCUGGACAACUUGAUGAUCCAGGCUAUCCAAGUUCUUCGCUUUCAUUUACUGGAGUUGGAAAAGGUGCAUGACCUGUGUGAUAACUUCUGCCAUCGCUACAUCACCUGUCUGAAGGGCAAAAUGCCCACGGACCUCGUCUUGGAUGAGCGGGAAGGCGGCUCCAAGUCUGACAUAGAAGAUUUCACUGGAUCCUGCACCAGUCUGUCAGAGCAGGUGAGAUGUGGAGACCAACGAGGCAAUGAUCACCAACCUUCCGGAUCCUCACUCCAGGUCUGUGUUCAUCCACAUCCUCUCCAUAUUUUGCGUCCUCUCUACCUGCAGAAUGCGUCGUGGUUACGGGAGCCUGAUGAAUGUGCAGCGACUCCUCUGGGAACACCGGGGACCUGCGGCCUGGCUUCACACAGCACAGCAGACAACUGCAGUGACACGGGUGAUGGUCUGGAUGGAGGAGUGGCCUCCCCCAGUACAGGUGAGGAGGACGAGACAGACAGAGACAGAAGGAACAACAAGAAGAGAGGGAUCUUCCCCAAAGUGGCCACCAACAUCAUGCGAGCGUGGCUCUUCCAGCACCUGACGCACCCCUACCCGUCAGAAGAGCAGAAGAAGCAGCUGUCUCAGGACACGGGACUGACCAUCCUACAGGUCAACAACUGGUUCAUCAACGCCCGGAGGAGAAUAGUUCAGCCUAUGAUUGACCAGUCAAAUCGCUCAGGUCAGGGUCCCUACAGUCCAGAGGGGGCGGCUCUUGGAGGAUACGGGCUUGACGGACAGGGCCAUCUCGGCCUUCGGACAGCAGGUCUACAGGGGAUGUCAUCUCUACAAGGGGAUUAUCCUGGCACUCUAUUGUCCCAACCAGGCUACCCUCCCCACCCAGGCCCUUCCAUCCACCCUUACCCAGGCCCGCACCCCCACCCCGCCAUGCUGCUCCACCCAUCACCGCACACACACCCUGCUGAGCCGCUCCUGGCACAGGGACUGGACAUACAUGCACACUAGCCACUAGCUGCAGGGGGAGAUGGGGUGAGAAUGUGUGAGAGGCUAUAUUACUGUGUGUGUGUGAGUGAGAGAGAGUGAGUGAGAGAGAGAAACCGUAUGCAUAGCUUUGUAUGUGCAGUGACACAUACAGUCCACUAUUUAAAAGAAAAGACACAUUACUCCAAAGGUUUACAUUCCCGCCCAGAAGACGCUGACCUCAAUGUAGCUGUUCUACUCACUGUAACACACAUAGAAUGUGCUGUGAAAAAGGUUUCUGCCCCUUACCAGAUUAUUUUUGCUUAUGUCUCAUGUCUUACAUCUCAUCCUUAAGUGCACGAGUUGUUUAUAUAAAAUUUAACAUGAGACAAAGGCCGUCUGCAUAAACAUGAC